CAAAAACAGAAGCAGGAAGACGGCGGCAGCCACACUCAAGUUAACUCAUGACACAUCCCUCACGCAUCGUCCCUUCGUUGAAAUCUCCUCAUCGAACAGGGUGAAUGUCAUCCUUACAACAUUCCCUCAAGCCACCUGGACUUGUUUAAAGUCGUUCUCACAGUGAAAAGGAACAAAACUGGAGUUGUUUGUGUUUUCGACACAGGAGGCUAUGGGUCUCUGCAAGUGUCCAAAGAGAAAGGUGACCAAUUUAUUCUGCUUUGAGCAUCGUGUAAAUGUGUGCGAGCAUUGCCUCGUCUCCAACCACAACAAGUGCAUUGUACAAUCGUAUCUGCAAUGGCUUCAGGACAGCGAUUAUAACCCAAACUGUCCUCUGUGCAACAAUCAGCUGAUUGCUGAAGACACCGUCAGACUCAUCUGCUACGACGUUUUUCACUGGUCCUGUCUCAACGACUCGGCUUCCCGGCUGCCCCUGCAUACGGCUCCGGCGGGCUACCAGUGCCCCAGCUGUCAGGGUCCGGUGUUCCCCCCACCCAACCUGGCCAGCCCGGUGGCCGAUGUGCUUAAAGAGCAGCUGUCAUCUGUUAACUGGGCUCGAGCGGGUUUAGGUUUGCCGCUGAUUGAUGGGCCGGUCGACGUCUGUCAGGAGGCCACAGCUAAUGAUGUUACAGAUUACACUGACUGGUCAUCAUUUGAUGCACAAGACCAAAGUCACAUUUACCACAGCCACCACGCGUACAAUGCCAGCCUCAGCCAAACGCCAAACACCGUUUCAUCCCCAGCGGAGGACAACGUCGGGCUUCCUCAUAAGAAUGGAGAGUCAAAUAUACAAGAUCACUCGGUCGUCAACUUUCCAGAGGCUACUGAAUGCGACACCGUUACGAUUCACACAGGAUCAUCCCCCAGAAAGAUCUAUGACACACGCGACAACAGCUUUGUCACACAGAUGGACUUUGACGAUGAUAAAUACAGACGACGACCAGCGUUGGGCUGGUUUGCUCAAAUUCUCAAGAACCGCACAGGCACAAAGCGGGCGUCUCUGUCCUGGAAACAGCGGGUCUUCAUGCUGCUUUUGGUUGGAGUGCUGGGAUUCUUUACUUUGAUUAUCAUCAUGGCUAAACUUGGACGUGCCUCCGCUAGUUCAGACCCAAAUUUAGACCCGCUUCUAAACCCACACAUCCGCGUCGGUAAGAACUGAAAUCAGGCACAGCAUUCACACUGUAUCGUGUAGAAAAAGGAUGAUGGGACUGUAGUACACGACUUGGCCAGCAGAGGGAGCCAUUUGCUCAUCGGGCGUGAACUGACAAUUGGAGGCGAUCCCUUAAUGCUCUUUCACAUCACAAACGAGUUCUUCUUCCCAUUAAGGACCAGCGAAGCUGUAGUCAGGUGAAUAGGCCUAAUGGGGGCAAUAUUUAUAUUUAGCAGUAGACUGACUCAUACAUAAACAUUUAAAAGUCCAUAUUGUUGAAACCUUCUCUCUGAUGUGUAUAAUUAUGAAAAAAAAACUUCCAUGUUAAUUGUAUAAGUGCAGUGCAUCAAAACUGGACUCAAACACCUGAUUAUUAACACUUUGUGCGUGUCUGUGUUUUUUUUUGUUUUUUUUGGAAAUUGAGUGCUUUUAGAUCAUCUAUUUACAUCUUUUUGCUUUUUUGGGGUUCUUUUUUUGAUUAUCCAUUAAAUGGGAAGAAUGCAGACUUUCA